AUGCAACCACGCAUGUGUUUCGAUGACGUUGCCUGGGAAAAAAGCGAAGAAAUAGCCGAUACAUGGGCUCGCCAGUGUUUUGAUCCCAGUAUCGCGAGAACGGUUGGAGACUUUCUACUUAAAAAGUAUGAGCCAGAUGAUCCAGUUCGAUUUGCUUUCUUAGAAAAGGGUUCAUUCAAUAUCACCUUCUGGAUGACCUACAAAACCGGUGUCGCCGCCAUUAUAAGAUUCCCCCUACCAGGUGCGGCUAUGUUCCCCGAGGAAAAGCUUCGAAACGAGGUCGCCAUUAUGCGAUACAUUCAUGACGAGACUUCAAUCCCAGUGCCAUCUAUUCUCUUCUCCGGUUGUAAGACAGACUCGCCCCUGGAGUUGGGUCCUUUCAUUAUCAUGGAAUAUAUCGAACAUGACGCGAGCAUGUACGACUUCCUCAAUAUCCCAGAGUGUCCAAUCCAGGAAAGGGGAAGGCUUAACCCCAACAUCGAAAAGGAUACUCUCCAAGCUCUAUACGGGGAGCUAGCUGGCGUUCUUUUGAAACUUUCAACCCCAUCCUUCUCGCAGAUAGGGUCAUUCAGUCAGGCUGAUGACUCUACGUGGGGAGUAGCAAGUCGUCCUCUAUCCAUAAAUUCAAACGAACUCAUCCGACUAUCGUCCCUACCCCAGUCAAAACUACCAAGCUACGAGACAACAUUCAGCUCCACAUCUUCGUACCUUGAAGCUCUUGCGGAAAUUCACAUUGCCCAUCUCACACAUCAAAGAAACGACGCAAUAGAGUCUGCCGAUGAUUGUCGACGGAAGUUCGUGGCUAGAUACCUCUUCCGCAAACUAGCCCGUGAGCGUAAGCUCACUGAGCGAUGGGCGGCAUUCGAUAAAGGACCGUUCAAAAUUUGGUGCGAUGAUUUGCGACCAGCCAAUGUUCUUGUCAACAAUGACCUCAAGAUUACGGGUGUCGUGGAUUGGGAGUUCACAUACGCUGCUCCAGUCGAGUUUACCUACGCGCCACCUUGGUGGCUUCUUAUUGAAAAGCCCGAGUACUGGCCCCAAGGUCUCGAGGACUGGACAACCGUGUUUGAUAGCCGUCUCCAGAUAUUUUUACAAGCGAUGAUCGACCGUGAAAAUACUGCUGCCACAAAAGAAGAAGAACGACUCUCAGGUCCAAUGCAAGAAAGUUGGGAGAGUGGUGACUUUUGGAUUGCAUAUGCUGCAAGGAGAAGCAUUGCCUUUGAUUCGAUCUAUUGGAAAAAGAUUGAUCAGCGCUUCUUUGGACCAAUAGAAAAUGUUGAGGAUGCGUGGAGGCAGAGACUUGAUCUCUUUAGUGAUACGGAGAAAGAAGAGAUGGAAAGCCUUGUGGCAAAAAAAGUGAAAGAGAUGGAAACCAGGGUUCUGGCUUGGGAUCCAGAUGAGUAUACUUUAUCUCAUAUAGACAUUGCAGAAACUUAUGCCGCAAAAAAAGAAGCAGAAAAGAAAACCGAGGAGGGCAAGGAGGAAGCGGAGAAAGACAACCCUAAGUCAGAGGACAAGGAGGUUGAAGUUCAUGUUAUGGAAGCAAGGCCAGGUGAUCUUGAUGUUGAGCAGAUGGCUGAGAAUUUGGCAGAACUUUCGGCUUAG